AUGGAGUCUUUAAUUCACCACUUGAACCCCCUUGCUACCACGACGGUUAGAGCAGACACCGACGCGAUUUGGGUAGGUCUGAAUUCCGACACAUCGCUUAUCCCAGAUUCCGCGAUAAUUUUCAGAAAUCUACCUGAUCCAGGGUGGAGCGCAGACGACUUCUCAGAUUCAGGCCAAAUCUUACCCUUUGACAACACCAGGGACCCCGAUUGGUACCGAUUCGAAGAACAAUGGGCCCCUUGGACACCAACGUCAUUCAUCGCGCAACAACACCCUUGGUACGAUCUUCUCGAAACCGCAGUACCGGUUGAAGAACGGGAUGGAGGUUGGUCAAUGGCGGAAAUCCAGCGUCGAGAAUAUUCACUCGAUCUCACUCAAGUCCAGGCAUGUAUCCGUUACAUUGUCGAUUUCGAUGAACGCGUAUCUCGCCGCAUGACAGUUCCAGGCGUGUUCCCCACGGAACGUUUAGCCAAAAUCUACCCCACGCAGAAGCUCGUUCAGAUUAACGCGGCAAAGGCGAAACGAUCCGCCCUUCACUCUAUCAGAUGGCUAGCCUGGUGGACCACAAUCAUUGUCAAUUGGGAGAAGGACCUCGCAGACUCAGUCGUCCAUCAAGUAUCAUCAAUCCUUUCCACCGUUAAAACUAGGAGAGGCGUGAUUUGCGACUUGGAUAGGGAUUGGCAGACGAUUAACAUCCCUCUGUACCUUCAACACGACAUCCCCUUCUUUUACUUAUGGGAUUUUGAAGCACGUUCCGAUGAAAGGUUCAGCUGUCUCAAUCCCAGCCUGAACAUGACCUACUGGGCAGUACGACAGGGGACGCCACUAACCCUAAUUCCAGACCUCGAAGAAGCAGACAUCAACAAGAUCGCUCGUCAAGCGACCACGUUAGACCACUUCUUUCAAGAGAUAUUUGCGUACCAAGGGACGGACGAGGCACCCAUCCUCCACACCUAUUCAGCCUUUAUCAUUGACUUCGAAGGGUGGAAGAGGCGACCCGUUAAACGAGACGACGCAACGCUCGCCAGCCUCACGAAAUUCUACCACUACAAAGUCCUAGAGGAGGACGGGGACAAGGAGUACAAGACUGUCGUAUUCUGGAGAUGGAGGAAAAGGCUGCCAUGCGACGAAUAUCUGAGAAGGCGAUACAAGGCGCACCUACCAGGAGAAGAAAUUGCAUAUCUAAUUCGUGAAGAGUUCCAAUUCGACUACGCCCCCAGAACCGGGACAACGUACGACCGAGAAACAGGUCUCAUCACCUCACGGCAUAAUCGCCAGAGCCCCUCCCUUCUUGAACGUCUAGGCGGAAAUCGAUCCCUUCAAGACCGCGUCUCAAGUGACAUACGUACCGACGAUAUGUCCGCAGACUCAUGCAGCGGUUCUACGGAUGAGGAUCUUCUGUUCGUUAGGUUUGUCGAAGUUCCGGAAGUUCUCUACCACCCCCGCGCCGUGAACAGUCCCGCAGCGUGGAUUCGGUUCAACGUGAAAAAACUCGAGCAAUCUCGACGUCAAACCUCAGAAGCUCGAGCAGCGCGUGGAAUCGAUCCUUCCCCUUACCGUCGCUCUCAAUCACCGGCACGCCUGUCAGACCCUUUCUUUGUAUCGCAUGAAAGGCCAGAAGUCAUGUUCAGAAGAAUGUUGAAGGACGAAUCCGCGAAGAUCACGUACACCGAAAGCACAUGGUUUGCACCGGGCUUUGCAUGGAAUGCAGACUUCCUAGAGACAGCGUACAUCUUCAUCCCAGACAUUGAAAGUGAAGCUCGGCUCAGGUACUGGGCUAACUGUUGGGAUACCAUAGGGACCAUACAUCGACUUCUGUCCACAGCUAUCGAACACGGCCUCAAGUUUUAUUUAGCGUUACCACAGGACCGCCUGCGACAAUUCCGGCCAAUCAUUGUCGACAGUCUCGACCGCACCUCAGCUUCGUCUCUAUACACCGCGGGAUUUCAAGAACCAAAUCUAUCCCCGGCGGAGAACAUGGCGACUUUCUGCACCCUCUAUUUAGCAAGAAUGAAUGAUUUGCUUUGCCGCCCUCAUGCACAAGCUUUUAUAGGAGAAGGAGGACAAUUCAGCUGGAUCGCUAGGCGCUGGACUGGCGUUCGACUCGUAGAAGAAUUUAUGUCUGGCCCAUCCAUUCAAGUCACGGUCCACAACCGGGGGUUCUACGACUCCGCGUCCCAGGAUGCCUCAUAUCUAUCUCACGACGCAGUCUCCAAACAGGAGAAAGACUUGCUUCUCGGCUACUGCACUGGCAUUAACGGUUGUUCAGGAAAGUGGUUAUUCCUGCCAGCGGAGAUCUUCGACAACAAUUUCGAGCUCUGGACAGGCGAGUGGAAUGCAGCUUUGGAUCACAUCUACGGAAGGCUGGCGGAUGACAUCGCUAGAGGAAAAGGGAAGCUGCGUACAAAGGAGAAGUGGAAGAACUGGAUCAGGAACAACGAGCGGGGUCAACAUCGUCCACGAUAUCUACCUAUCACCCAAGACUUCACGGAUGUCAUGGACGGGAUUUCGCGAGCGGGCCUAAGACCCACUUGGCACAAGCAGCUCCUUGAUGACAUUACGUUCCCCGAACAACGAUGGGAUUAA